AUGGAUUUCCUCAAAUCCGCGGUCGCGUCCGCCAUCUCUCAGGGGCCGCCCUUCCCCUACUCCUUUGGCGACAAAGUUGAUAUAGACGCUUCUAUCUGGACACUUUAUAAUGGUACGAGACGAGCCGAUGGAUCCAAUUGUAGCAUAUUUGCUUUCGAUAUACCCUCGAACAAAGCGCGACUCCCCCUUGCGAAGAAUGCCGUCAAGAAACUGCGCACGAUGCGACAUCCAGGUGUUAUUAAGGUCCUAGACACCGUUGAGACAGAUUCAUACAUAUAUAUCGCAACCGAGAGGGUAGUACCUCUAAGGUGGCAUGUCAAGAGAAAGAGCUUGAGUCCCGAGACUAUUAAAUGGGGGUUGUACAGCAUUGCGCGCACCAUUAAGUUCAUUAACGACGAGGGCUCCUCCGUCCACGGCAGCCUCCGGGUCGCGUCGAUAUACACAUCGGAGAGCGGCGAAUGGAAAUUAGGCGGGUUUGAAGUAUUAAGUAAUGUAAAGGAUGACGAUGCGGUAGUAUACACAUACGGAAGUCUGGUACCGGAUGCUGCAAGAUACACGCCACCAGAGCUCGCGCGCUCGGGUUGGGAUGCGCUCAAGAAAAGUCCACAUUCAGCUGUCGAUGCUUACAACUUUGGGACUACUAUAUUUGAGGUGUUCAAUGGGGAUUUCAUGGGUGCUGAUCAAGCAGGACAGACUAAGAGUAUUCCGCCCAGUAUGCAUACAGGCUACAAGAGACUUGUCAAUGCGAACCCCAAGGCCAGAAUUACAGUAGGAGCAUUCUUAGAGCAAGGACGUCGAUCUGGCGGUUUCUUUGACUCGCCUUUAAUAAAGUUGACCGAUGGAAUAGAUAAUCUCGGAGUCAAAUCUGAAACCGAGAAGGAACAAUUCUUAGAUGAUCUCGACCAACUUACAGACGAUUUUCCUGAGGAGUUCUUUAAGAUGAAGGUAUUACCUGAACUACUGAAGUCAGUUGAAUUCGGCGGAGGCGGACCAAAAGCAUUCGGUGUUGUUAUGAAAAUAUCUACAAAGCUAUCAAAUGAGGAUUUUGAGUCUCGAGUUCAACCAGUUGUUGUCAGACUAUUUGGCAAUCCCGAUAGGGCCAUACGAGUUUGUCUCUUGGAUAAUCUACCGGUUAUGAUUGACAGACUAUCUCAAAAGGUGGUCAAUGAUAAGAUUUUCCCAAACAUGGUAUCUGGCUUCGCGGAUGUAGCACCCGUGGUUCGAGAGCAAACACUAAAAUCCGUUCUCGUCGUCAUCUCCAAGCUAUCAGACCGGACGAUCAACGGCGAAUUGCUAAAACAACUCGCCAAGACGGCUAACGAUGAGCAGCCUGGUAUUCGAACAAACACCACAAUCUGCUUAGGAAAGAUUGCUAAGAAUCUUGGGGCUUCAUCACGAACUAAGGUUCUACUCGCUGCGUUUACUCGAUCACUUCGAGACCCCUUUGUACAUGCUCGAAAUGCCGCACUCCUAGCACUUGCAGCCACAGGCGAAUAUUUCACCGAAGAGGACUGCGCAGUACGACUUUUACCUGCCAUAUGCCCAUCCUUACUCGAUAAGGAAAAGCUUGUCCGAGAUCAAGCCAACAAGACAUUGGACAUUUACUUACAGAGGGUUCGCAAGGCUGCAGACGGUAUGCCUGAUACAGUCCAACCGCCGCCUCAGUCAACCGAAGGUGCCGGUCCGCGAAUGAGUACACCGCAGCCGAACGAGGCAUCUUCUUGGGCCGGAUGGGCCAUUUCUUCCUUUACUAAUAAGUUAUCAGCCGCCUCAGGUGAAAUAAAUCCAACAACCUCGCGUCGUCCGGUUGUAUCCCCCGACCUCGACCCCAAUAGACAUGUCCCGCCAACGACAUCCUCAGCUUCUGCGCUCCACCGCCAGGCUGUUAAGUCCCCAUCGCCCCGCCCCCCUCUGUCACGAAACUCAUCUACUUCUGCGGCCGAGGCUUAUUUCAAAGAUCCCGAUCCAGUAGAAGAUGACGCAGGCGACGCUUGGGGUGACAUGGGCGACAUGGAUGAUGACGGCAAUGCGUUCUACGAUGCGUCCAGCGAGCCGACGAAGGCCGCGGAAGAAAGAGCCGACGGCAUCACCUAA